GCCCAGCGGGGUACUUAAACAGCUUCCGUAACGAGCGCCGUUUGGGGCGCACAUUAUGGCUACUUUGGUGGAGGACGCCAUGGAGAGCUACGUGUAUCCCUCUUACAACCCUUACUCCUACCGCUACCAGCCACCAAAGGGCAAAGGAGGACCAGGGCCUUGGAGGCAGCGGGGCGGCUACUUCUCCGGCUAUGGCGAGACAGCGGCAGUGGCGGCCGCGGCAGCUGAAUACUUCGACAACUACCAGCGGGCGCAGCUGAAAGCCAUCCUGUCACAGGUGAACCCCAACCUAACGCCGCGCUUGCGCAAAGCCAACACUAAGGAGGUGGGCGUGCAAGUUAACCCGCGCCAAGAUGUCUCCGUGCAGUGCUCGCUCGGGCCACGGCCGCUGCUCCUGCGCCGUCGAACCGCCAACGUCGAGCAGGAGCAAGGUAGCCCCGUCACCGGCAGCUCCCGGCCGGUGCGCUUCCCUAGGACCAUCGCCGUCUACUCGCCAGUGGCCUCCCGCCGCCUCACCACUUUUCUGGAGGAACCCGAGCCACAAACGCUGACGGCCUCGCCCCGGCCGCCACCAGCGUCCUCUCAGCCGCCAGAAGUCGACGAAGGAGCGGUCGGCGCCGUCGGCGCCAGUUGGAAAAACCCCGAGGAGAGCCCCGCCGAGGCGCAGGAACGGCGGCAGCCUCAGAAGGAAGAGGCUGCAGAAGGAAAAGAAGCCUCUCAAGGUGGGGAGGAACGGCCAGCGAAGUCUCGGGAGGCAACUGAGAAGGAGGAGGCUCUGCCAGAGGAGAAGCGGGAAGCCGAGGGCGAGCUCCAGGCCGCCGAAAAACCCGCGUCUCAGCAGCAAGCGCGGAAGGAAGCGGGGCAAAGUAAGACCCGCGUGCGCUUCCAGGUUCCUGUUCUUCAAGCCUGUGGGGAAGCUGCUGCCACCUGCUCCAAGUUCCUAGAGCAGAAGUAUGGCUAUUACCAUUGCAAGGACUGCAACAUCCGCUGGGAGAGUGCCUAUGUGUGGUGUGUGCAAGGCACAAACAAGGUUUACUUUAGGCAAUUCUGCCGAACUUGUCAGAAAUCCUACAAUCCUUACCGUGUGGAGGAUAUCACCUGUCAAAGCUGCAAGCAGACAAGGUGCACCUGCCCUGUGAAAUUGCGCCAUGUAGAUCCCAAGAGACCCCAUCGUCAGGAUCUCUGCGGAAGAUGCAAAGGCAAACGUCUCUCUUGUGAUAGUACAUUUAGUUUCAAAUAUAUAAUCUGAACAGGGUAAUAGUGAAAGAAGCCUAAAUAUAAAUUUGCAAGUUGCAGAGAUUUUGUUUGGAAGUAAUAAGCUGCAGCAAUGGAAAGCCUGCCAAUAAAGCUGUAGUAAAGCAAUUGUGAAGUCUAAUGCAACCUAAUGUCUACCUCAUUUGUUGUAAUUGUAUUAAGGGGAGGGAAUCUGCUUGGCAUACUGUGACGCAACUAGAUUUUCUUGUAUGGGACAAAGACUUGAAAAGCAAGUCAAGCAACUGGUAUUUUGGGGGGCUGGGGGGGGGAAUGAACCUGCCUGUCCAUCUACAUGGAUGUGUAGCAGUCUUCUUGCUUGUUACCCUCUUGCUAUGCAAUGCUGCUAUGCAGAACCUAAUGCACUUAGUGGCCGAAAACUGGGAAAUGCAAAUGUAUGCACUAGUUUCACAGUGACACUUGCCCUGCACAAAUGGGCAAAGAUAUGGAAAAUGGUUACAUUUGUAGAAAAGGCUAGGCCUGAAAGUCUAUGAUGUAAUUGAUACGGAACGGGGUGGAGCAGCAAUGAAUUGCCUAAUGCCAGAAGUUGGUGGCAGAGAUUAAUUGUCCUUUAGAUUUGACCAGCUGAGGUGUAUUUUAAAGGUGUUGGGUAAAAACUAGACAGUUAUCCAGAGUCCAAGCUGUAUGCAUGACUGUAUACUUAUAGGCACAGUAGGUACAUUACUGGGUAUAAAGAGAACAUUAUCUCAAAAGCAAUGCCAGUUCAAAGGACUUUGUAGAUGAGUGGUAGGAUAUAUAUAAUGGCUGGCUAUCAUUCAAAGUUAAGACAAUCAAGAUUUCUUUGUCCCAAGCCAAAAUAGGGAAUGGCGUGCUUCUAAAUAUGAGGAGCUAUCUUGGUAAAUGUAUAAAUAAAGUGAACAUGAUGAUUUA